AUGUCGUUUGUUCGGAGCAGGACAAACAAACUCUCAUUUGGCUACACCAUACAAGGCACUCUCCUGGAAAAAGUUGAUACCAUUAAGGACCUAGGAAUUGUUUAUCAAAGCAAUUUCGAAUUUGAGGUGCACCUUAGGGCUGCCACGUCAAAGGCCUUUAAACUCCUUGGCUUUAUCAAAAGGUCGACAAAAGAGUUCAAGCUGUUUUUGAUUAAAGAACUAGAAUUUGUUCAGCAUAGAUUCUUUAGGUUUAUCGCUUUUAAAAUGAGAAUCAAAAUCAAAUACGAUGAUCACGACUAUAGUGCUCUUGCCUCCUCUCUCAAUCUAGAGUCUCUAAAAUCGCUGCAUGUUCAUCAUGACCUUGUUGGAUGA